GGUAGAGUUCGCUUCUGCCGUGCCGUUUACAAGCAGCUGCCGCCCGGGGUUCCUCUCAUCAAGCUCCUUCCUUCUCUUCACGGAUGGAUCCCAAGGGGCUUCUCCCCUUGAACGUCCUGCUGUUUCUCUCCCUGGCUUGUGACCGGAGCUGUGGAACAGGUUGCCCAACCAUCUUCGGGCAGUUGGGAAGCAGUGUGCUGCUGCCCCUGAUAUCUGAAGGGAUAAGUAAGAGUAUGAACAAGAGCAUCCACAUGUUCAUCACAUGGGCAAAAUCACCGGGAAACAGGUCCAGUAAGAAAAUCGUGUCUCUUGAUCUGCCAGAAGAAGGCUCUUCACGCUACCUGGAAGAUGGCUAUAAGUUUUACCAGGAAAACUUGAACCUGGAGAUCCUGGAAAGCAAAAAGGAGCAUGAGGGCUGGUACACUAUGACCCUGGAGAAAACAGAUUCAGUCCAGCACUUUUGCCUGCAGCUGAAGCUCUAUGAGCAGGUCUCCACCCCAGAAAUUAAAGUGCUGAACUGGACUCUGGAGAAUGGGAACUGCAGCUUGAUGCUGGCCUGCAUGGCGGAGAAGGGGGACCACGUGGUUUACGGCUGGAGCACGGAGGCAGGCCCCCACCCGCCAAGUGCAGCAAAUGCCUCCCACCCUCUGUACCUCACCCUCGGCCCUCAGCACGCUGACGAUAACUACACCUGCACCGCGAGCAACCCCAUCAGCAACCGUUCCCAGACCUUCACCCCGUGGUCCAGCUGCAGCUCCUAUUCCUAUUCAGUUCCAGGACAAUGGGGACUGUAUGCUGGGCUGGCUUUAGGGGGCGUCAUUGGUGUCAUCCUGAUUCUCCAAGUGGCAAUACUUCUAUUCAGAAGAAGAGGUAAGACAGACCAUUAUGAGCCAACAGUGGAAGAAAAAAGUCUUACUAUCUAUGCCCAAGUCCAGAAAUCAGGUUCUGUUCAGAAGAAACCUGAUCCCCUGCCCACUCAGGACCCCUGCACCACCAUUUACGUGGCUGCCACAGAGCCUGUCCCAGAGCCUGUUCAGGAGCCGAGCUCCAUCACCGUCUACGCCAGUGUGACACUUCCAGAGAGCUGACACCACAGACCCAGCGAAGGGACAGGCGGAAGGAGGACGGAGGAGCCAAAAGAAACACUGAACUUGGCCCCAGGCCUCAAGUUCUUAGGAUACUCUACACACCUGCACUCCUCGGAUCAGCUCCCUGGGGAUGUCGCUUCCACACCCACCCGUGACAGGGACAAGCAAGGGAAGUUUCCCGCGCACUUAGCCUGCUCUGCAGGGCACAGGCCCAGGACAGGUUUCCGUCUCUGUGGUGCAGCAGACAGAAUGACAAUGCAAAGCCACGAGUCUAGACCUUCGGGUGUCUUGCUCUUCGCUGGGAGUGGAUAAGGAAAGCCAAAGGCAGAAAGCCAGCACAUAGAGCUCGGAGCUCAGGCGCUGGCCAGCAGCAGAGCCUGGAACCGUUUCCACUCUGGCUGCCUGUUCUUGGUUCUGGGAGCUGCUCCGGGUCACCAGGCAGGCCUGCUCCAGGCUCUGUGCCUGGGGUUCUCUCUCUGGAUGGGCAAUGAAGGAUGAGUUCCUUAUUCUAUGUAAAACACUGCGACAAAAGAAGCUAAAGAGUCAAUAAACUGACAACAUGGC